AUGAGCUUCGGGACCGCGGACGGCGACGAGGCCGGCUCGGCAGCUGCGGCCGCCCCCAGCAGGGACGCCGGCGACGGCGAGCGCUCCGACGUGCACGUGUGCGUGGCUCCGGCCGGCGACUGCCAGGGCGCAGAGGCGUGCCGGCGCACGGCCGCGGGCCAGCUGGUGGCGGCGGUGCUGCCGCAGCGCGCACAGCGUCUCGGCCGCGUCGCCGUCGAGCGCUGCCGCGGCGUGCACCUGGGCCACGUCACCUACGUGCUGGGGCCCGUCAACUUCACCAGGGUCCUGCAGAAGAACACCAUCUCCCAGCAGAUCAUCGUUACGUCCGACGACGCUCCCGGUGGGCAGGAGGGCGAGCCGGAAGUGCAGGUGGUUCGCCGCCUGGAGUGGUUGGCGCAGCCGCCCCUCCACACGCUGACUCCACUGCAGAGGCCAGUCAGCACCGUAGUCAUCAGUCACACGGCGACGGACAGUUCAACGUCGAUGGGCAAGAACACGAUGAUCGUGCGGCGGCUGCAGACGUUCCACAUCGAGGGCCGCAUGUGGCCGGACAUCGGCUACAACUUCAUGGUGGGCAUGGACGGGCAGGUGUACGAGGGCCGCGGCUGGGCGUCGGCGCCCGAGGCGGUGGGCAGCGGGAUGGCGCAGGGCUGCCUCAGCGUCGCCUUCGUGGGCUCCUUCUCGACGCGGCUGCCCAGCGCAGACGCGCUGGCGGCGCUCCAUCGGCUGCUGCGUCUGGGCGAGCGCGAAGGCCAUCUGGCCGCCGACUACCGCCUCAUCGCCGAGAACCAGCUGGACCCCGACACCGAGAGUCCAGGCCGCGCGCUCGCCGGCCUCAUGCAGGGUUGGCCGCGCUGGGCGCCGCAACUGUGACGUCAUCUGGAGAGGCCGACUAGUGUCUGGUCGGCCGAGAACCAGCUGGGCCUGGAACACCGGGAGUUGGGGUCAUGAGUUCACCGGCCUCAUGUGGGAUUGACCGUGCUGGGUGCCACAGCUGUGACAUCGUAUCAGGUCGAACACUAUGUCACACCUGGGGCCUGCUUAUUGUGUGAUCGGGAUGAGCCAGCUGGACCUGGAGACUGGGCCGUGUGGCCUUUGGACUCAUGUCUGGAUGGACGCUCUGUGUGCCGUAGCUAUGGCGUCAUACGAUGUGGAACACCAUGUGACAUACAGCUGUGGACUGCCAUGUGCUCACCGAGCUGGACCUGGGUACUAAACAGCCCUGGCAUGUACAUGAUAGCCUCAUUCACAGCUGGAAGUACCUGACUCCAAACGUGAGGAGGUGUCACACUCUGCAGAACACCCAGUGGUGGGCAAACUUGUGAUUGAUGACAGUUAGUCUCGGACAGUGAGAGCCCUGCCAGUCACUCAUUGGCCUCAUAUACGACUGAUAACGCUGGGUGUCACGGCCGGAAUGUAUCAUUAAGCCACAUGCUCAGAAACCUGAUUUUAGGCUUUCAGUCGCCGUAAAUUGAUUUCUGACAGCUACAGCGGGCUGGCAUGUACUUGAUAGCCUCAUUCACAGCUGGAAUUGCCUGGCUCCAAACGUUAGGUGGUGUCACACUCCGUAGAACACCCAGUGGUGGACAACCUUGUAAUUGAUGACAGUUAGUCUCCGACAGUGAGAGCCCUGCCAGUACACUCAUUGGCCUCAUAUACGACUGAUCACGCUGGGUGUCACGGCUGGAAUGUAUCAUUAAGCCACAUGCUCAGAAACAUGAUUUGAGGCUUUGAGUCACCGUAAAUUGAUCUCUGACAGCUACAGCGGGCUGGACAUGGCCGCUUCGGAUGCCUCAACCAAUAGCGUAAUGCGAUUGUUUGAACGUCUCUGUUGCAUAGCUCAGUGUCGUCAUAGCUCUGUAGACGGCCAUUGUUUUCGCCUGCAACCAUUAGCACUUCACAACUGAAAGCUGACAACAGUACUGAGAGCUGUCAGGGAUCCUCUUUCGCUGUCUAGACUGUAGCUAUGUGUGAAAUUAGAAUUAUAUUAGUACCGUCAGCGGCUCACGGGCGUUGAUAUAUAUCAACGGGACAGGUGAAAAUGUGUGCCCCGAUUGGGACUCGAACGCGGGAUCUCCUGCUUACAUGGCAGACGCUCUAUCCAUCCGAGCCACCGAGGGCACAGAGGAUAGUGCGACUGCAGGGACUCUCUCUCGCACGCCUCCCGCGAGACUCACAUUCUCACCUUGUAUGUCCACACACUACGUCCGUAGUGUCCCACCCCAACACAUUCAUUACUCGUUUAGGACAUUCUUUCCAAGUCUCAGUUCGGGGAAUAUGUGUACAUCCGCACAGAAGAGGAAGGUCAUGGCCGGUAUUGCCAGAACUAUAUAUUUAUGUGGAUAUGGUGUCUGUUCUUUCGGACAUGUCCGAAAGAACAGACACCAUAUCCAUAUAAAUAUGGAUGUAGCUAUGUGUGGUGCCACGUGUGCUAACAUGUGACGUCACACACUGUAUGACACCUUACUGCCUACUAACAGUCUGCCUGUUGAUGACAUAAGCUCAACCGGUUCAUGUUGGAGUGGCUGUCUGGGUUUGCAGUCAUGAUAUAACGCACCAUAGUGUGUGUCGCGGCUGUUAACUGCGUUUAAAUGCUUUCGAAUAGGCACCCUGUGCCAAGCUGGUCAACAACUGACUGAAGACAAUUGGUUAAUGUGCAUAUCCUGGUAACUGAUUUUUAAUGCAUGAGGUGAACAUUAGAAUAUCAAAAAUGUAAGAUACUGUAUUCACAGAUGCCAUGAUUACGUUUCGUGAAGUUCGUUUCCCACAGCUCGUAGUAAUUGAAAACGUUUCGAUCAUCUGAUCAUCAUCAGAUCAAAUAAAAUGAAAAUCAUCCUGCGAAACUGCCACAUUAGCAGUAUGCAGUACAUAAUCAACAGUAAAAUGCAUUGCUGUAGUUAAUUAAUCUUUGAACGCUGUCAUAACUAGAUUCCCUCCCUUUGUAUGAAGUGCAGUCUGUGGGGUUGAGAAUGAACAUGUCACGGGUAUUGUACACUGGGCACAAUUUCCGUGUGAGCUUUGAAGGUAUUCCACAGGGCUGCAAGAUAGAGAAAGAAAGUUCUGAGUUUACUGAUUUAUCGAGAUGAAUGCCACUAAACAAUUUAAUCGAAUAAAAGUAGGGAAGGGAAUUGGAGACGACUUAACUGAAGGAACAAUCUCAGAAUCCACUUGGAACAAUUUAAGGAAACCCAGAAAACCUAAGUGUAGCCGGACGGAGAUUUAAAACAUUCACCUCCCUGGAAGUCAGACCGCUAACGGCUGUGUCACCACGUCUGGUACUGACAGGUGAAUUCCUUCCCAUAAACCACCUCAGACAAUUUUCUGAGAGACACGAAAUCUCAUCUGGAGUACGAACAAUGUACUUUUGGUUGUAGCACUAACCUAACACAGUUAAAAGUAUGUUUCAUUUUUUGUUUUGGUUUUAUCGUGUCUACAAAGACGUAAUUAUAAAUAGAACUAUGCUUUAGGAUGAUAGUGAAGGCCAGCAGUAACGAUUGCUGGAGAGGCACAAAGAAGGGGGCUCGACUAUAGUCUUGCUCAUCUAUGCGUUAUUCUUCAAAGAAUAAGCAGAAUUAUGAAAAUCUUCGUGCUCUGGAAUAAGAGCAGUAUAUCAGCCAAAUCUCUCGCGAAAGGUAGUGUGGUUUCUUACUCUUUGAGUUUAGCAUUGUCGUAAGAUAGAGUGUAUCAAGGAAGUACACAGUACUUUCGGAUGGGAAACCACAGCAAUUUUCGAAAUUACACAAAUUUUUUAAAGUAAAGCCAUAUUAUGAUGUCAAAGCCAUAGAGUUUUCUUGUACAAACAAUUUGUUUAGAGGUAGACCUUUCUCCAGAUAUUGCAGAGGGAUAUUCAGUUUAAUGUGGACAGUGAGCCAUGGCGCAAUUAACUUUUUUCACAUUAAAAAAAGGAAUUGGACUACCUACAGAUUGAAUAUUUUACUUGAAGUAUAGGCCUUAUCGAAUGAAAUCGCAUGCUUUUACCUCAACAAGCCAUUUAAAAUAUCUAACAAUUUCUAUAACUUGAUCAAAACUUAGUACAUGUGACGCAGUUAUGUAAACUGAAAUCUUUUUCGUUUUCCCUAACUGCCGUUACAUCUGCUCCCUUAGUCAAAAACGUUUUGGGAAAUGAGCGGCAGAAGCCCUCUACUUUUUGCCUGCCUUUAACACGGAAAAUGAAAAUGGAUUACGCUUCAUUUUAAGGUACAUGAAACAUUUACACUUUUCCUAAAAUAUAGUCAAAUGAAUGUUAGAAACAGUACUGUUGAAUCUGUAUGGCGCUCGAACUAUCAUUGCUUCGCUAUGUCGUCUAUUACAAUGAUUGUGGAAAGUCCAUGAGCUGUUGCACAGAAAUGUGAAGAGGCAUUGAGGAGCUGUAAACUGCGUAUACUCUCAAAUGAAAGUAUCAGAACUUGUGCUAUGUUAUUUGCACGCAUGCUCUCCUUGAAAGCUGUAAUCUCUUAUGUCAUGUCUUUUUUCGAUAUUAAGUAUUGAUAUUUCAAAGAUAAAUAAAGUAUUUUAUAAAUAAA